GACGCGAUUAUAAAUUCAGGCAAGAAAACGUGUGUCUUGGUAAAAUACACAGCUACAUCGGUGGAUCAUUGUGGGGAGUUCAACUCGUUUUAGAACCCGAGAUAAUUUAACUUCUUGCUAGUAUAAACCGUGUCAUUUAAAAAAAAGAAUCUAGUUGAUUGCAGCAUUUCGAUUUGAGUAUUGUUGGCUAUCGAUUUCGCCUUAGCUGGGUCUCUGUGGAGAGGAGCUCCAGCUUUUGUAGCAUUUAGUGUUUCUACAUUACUGAGAUUACAAGUCGUCGGCAAGGGCGAUAUUGUGCUCGCUAUUUAAUCCACGCGUACGUGGACAGAGAAGUCAUUCAUCAUGGUGUUCUUCACAUGCAACGCUUGUGGCCAAACCUUGAAAAAAAACCAGGUAGAAAAACACGUGCUGAAGUGCCGGGGAUGCCAGGCUGUGUCUUGCAUUGACUGUGGAAAAGAUUUCGGGGGUGAUGACUACCAAAAUCACAUCAAAUGCAUCAGUGAGGACCAGAAAUAUGGAGGUAAAGGCUAUGAGGCAAAAGCAAACAAAGGGGAGGUGAAACAGCAACAAUGGAUUGAGAAAAUCCACACAGCCAUGAACAAACCUGGAGUAAGUGCUAAUCUGAAAGCUGUGCUCAAGCAAGUCUGUGCCAAUGACAAUGUCCCAAGAAAAAAGGCCAAAUUUGAGAAUUGGAUGAAAAACAGUUUCAAGAAUACCAGCACAAGGCUGCAUGAAGAAGUGUGGAACAUUCUCAAUUCAUCAUCAGACAGUCCCCCUGAUGUACCCCAGGAGAAAACCAAAGUGAAGAAAACGCUGACUGAAGUCAAAGUUGAUGGUAAUACUAAAGAAAAACAGAAUGGCCAUGGAGGCAAAAAGAAGAAGCACGCAAAACAAGAGCAUCAAGAAGACCAUCAAGAGCCAAAUAGGAAAAACAAAACUAAGUCCAAAAAGACAGAAAUAGCAAUAGUUGAGGAAGGGCAGGUGGCCAAAAAGAAAAAAAAGGACAGAAAGAGAUCACGUGCUUGUGACGAAAAUGGGAAUGAAGCCCAAAAUGGUGCUUCUGAGCAAGUGUCCAACAAAAGGAUCAAAACUGACCAAACGGGAGAGACCGCUGUAUCGGAACAGACUGAGGAUCAAGCAGUUGUCAAAGGCAGUUUCAAAUGGAAAGAAACAAUCAAAGCAGUUUUGAAGAAAUCACCUGACCAGGAAUUGCCAGUGAAGAAACUCAGGAGAAAGGUCCUGGCAGCCUACUUCUCAAUCACUGGUGAUGGCAAUUUCAAGACAAAAGAGGAGGUCCUUGCCCUUUUUAAUAAUAAGAUCAGUCACAAUCCCAAAUUUAGAGUUUUGAAAGACAGAGUUAGACUUGUAAAUUAAACUAGCAUAUUCAACCUCUAUGGUAUGUUGGGUCAAAGUGAUUGCCUUGGUUCACUGUUCCAUUUUUAAUACUGGUAGGAUCUUGAUAAUAAAACCAUUUGUCGUUCUU